AAACACUGAACUCAAGGUUUCUUGCAUUGGCAUUUGUGUUUAAAUUUUUAAACACAUUUAUAUAGAUAUCAAUAUGGCUUCCUUUUCCUUCUCCUUAACUCUCUACUUAUCUAUUUUCUUGCUUCUGUUGGGAAUAGCUUCUGCUCAGCUGUCAACCAACUUCUAUUUGCGUUCAUGUCCUUCGGCUCUCUCUAUAAUUCAAGGGGCAAUAAGCAGUGCAAUAUCUUCAGAGCGUCGUAUGGGGGCCUCGUUGCUUCGCCUCCAUUUCCAUGACUGUUUUGUUAAUGGUUGUGAUGCAUCAGUACUGUUGGAUGAUACCAGCAAUUUCAAAGGAGAGAAGACGGCAGGCCCCAAUUCAAAUUCAUUGAGAGGAUAUGAGGUGAUUGAUAGCAUUAAAACCCAACUUGAAAAGCAAUGCCCUGGAGUUGUAUCAUGUGCAGAUAUCUUAGCUGUUGCAGCUCGGGAUUCUGUUGUUGCUUUGGGUGGCACUAGAUGGAAUGUGCCAUUAGGCAGAAGAGAUGCAACCACAGCAAGUUUCGAUGCUGCCGAAAGUAAUCUUCCUUCCCCAUUCUUAGAUCUUGCAGCUCUUAUAUCAGCAUUCUCAAACAAGGGUUUUACAGCUCAAGAAAUGGUGGUUCUCUCCGGUGGUCACACCAUAGGCCAAGCAAGGUGCCUUACAUUUCGGACUCGUCUCUAUGACAACACUGAAAGUAUAGAUUCUGCGUUUGCCUCAUCGUUAAAGCAAAACUGUCCAAGCUCAGGAGGAGAUGAUAACUUAUCUCCUCUUGAUGAAAGUGCUGGCACUUUUGACAACACAUAUUUCAAGAAUUUAGUGGGCAAAAAGGGUGUCUUGCACUCGGACCAACAGCUCUUUGGUAAUGGCUCUACAGAUUCUAUAGUCAACAGCUACAGCCUUAAUUCGGGGAAGUUCUUCACUGAUUUUGGGAAAGCCAUGACAAAAAUGGGAAACCUCAGCCCACUUACGGGAUCGAAUGGAGAGAUUAGAACCAAUUGCAGGAAGAUUAAUGGAUCUUAGGCAGCCUAUAUAUAUAAAUACACCUUGUACUUCCGAUCUAAGAGAAAAUAGGGAGGAAGGGUGUUGAAACUUCAAAUCGCUGCAUUUAAAUGGACUCUAACCAUAAAAUGCAUGGAUUUUAAUUAAUAAAAUCUUGGUUAGUAACCUUUAUCCUA